AUGAAUGAAGAAUUUAAUCUCUACGAAGAUGAAUUUCAGAAAUAUUCAAAAGCCCUAAUGUCCAAGUUUCAUCAAGCACCAACUGCUACACAAUAGGAUUAUAGAGAAGCUAUGGAAGAAAUUCAAUAAUUUGAAAAGAUCAUUGGAUGGAAUGUAAUUGUCCAUUGGCAAUCGCAGUGGUCCCCAAUUCACUAAACUCACAUAGUACAAGAGUGA